AUGGCGGCGGUGCUGAAAGUAACAAGUGAAGUUGAAGAGUUCAAAAAGGAAUACUUCUGCAGAAACAGACUAGCUGAGGAGAACAGACAGAGGGACAACCAGGCCGCCAUCCGGAUCCAGAGCUGGUUCAGAGCGUGCAAGGUGCAGGCUUACCUCAGCCAUCUGCACAAGAAGGCAAUCAUUAUACAGAAGAUAUGGCGGGGCUUCACAGCAAGGGCACGUUUCAGACAAAUGGUGAAGGCGGCAUAUUUUAUCAUGAAGAUGAAUUUCUACGAGGAGAUGGCGGUCAGGAUCCAGCGGAGAUGGAGAGGAUUCUUUGUAAGGAAAUAUGUUCAUAACUUCUACGCACGCAAGCGAUAUCUGGAAGGACUCUCCAGGAAAAAUGAACUUGUCAGGAUGGACCUGGAUGAACUUGAGGAGCUCCAGAAGAGAGAGAGAUACUGUUUGGAGAUGGUGAAAGAGCAGUCAGCCAAGGUCUACCAAGCUCACCGGUUACACCACCUCCUCAGUACAAAGCAGUGCCCCGGGGUCUUCAACUCUCCAUUUAGGCCAGCCCCCCAUGAGAUGGAACUACUGAUGAGGCAGGUCAAGUACCAGGCCCCCACCAGGCUGCCCCGCAGGGGCAGGGCUUGUCCCUUGGGCAUGCCUAGCCCAGCAGCCCACAGUUUCCCUGGGACUCUUCGAUCCCCAUGGAUCGAAACCACUGAAACCUACAGCUCCUCCAGGCCUAUUCUGCCCCCCAUUGCUAUCAACAAACGGCAGGUUCUGUUCAGAGAGCCAGGGGAAGUAUGGGAGCAGCGCGUGGAUUGUCCUGACCUGACGUUGCGUCUGCAGACCUCUUACACACACCUGGAGGAGGCCCAGUAUCAGCUUCGACAACGCAGAGGAACAGAGAGAAUGCUCCACCAUCUGAGCCACAGCAGAAACUUCUUUACUCAGCCAGCCAACUCCAAGAGCUUCAGUUAGUGGAUUAAAGACUUACC